UGUGGGGCCGCGCGAGCUGCUUCCGGGUCAAUGGAGGACAGUGGGCUCCGGCGGCCCGAGGAGGGGACGAGGUGAAGCGGAGCCGGGCCGGGGCCGGCCAGGACCAGGCCGGAGGCUGAGCGGCGGCGGCGGCUGGGAGGGGGGAGGCGAGGCGCAGCCCGAGGAGCCGCCGCAGCAGCUCCCCCGCCUCCCGGGCCGAGGAACCUUAGGAAAGGAAGAUGGAUCAGCCUAGCGGAAGAAGUUUUAUGCAAGUAUUAUGUGAAAAAUAUAGUCCUGAAAACUUUCCUUACCGCCGUGGGCCUGGGAUGGGAGUCCACGUUCCGGCCAUGCCUCAGGGCUCUCCUAUGAAAGAUCGCCUCAACCUCCCGAGUAUACUGGUGUUGAACAGCUGUGGAAUCACUUGUGCAGGAGAUGAAAGGGAAAUUGCUGCCUUCUGUGCUCACGUGUCAGAACUAGAUCUCUCUGACAACAAACUUGAAGACUGGCAUGAGGUCAGUAAAAUUGUGUCAAAUGUUCCCCAGUUGGAGUUUCUAAACCUGAGUUCCAACCCUCUGAAUUUAUCGGUUUUAGAAAGAACGUGUGCUGGGUCCUUCUCUGGGGUUCGCAAACUUGUCCUCAACAACAGCAAAGCAUCCUGGGAGACAGUCCACACGAUACUGCAGGAGUUACCAGAUUUGGAGGAGCUCUUCCUGUGCCUUAAUGACUAUGAAACAGUGUCUUGUCCUUCUAUUUGCUGUCAUUCCCUUAAGCUACUGCAUAUAACAGAUAAUAACCUCCAAGACUGGACUGAGAUACGAAAGUUAGGAGCUAUGUUUCCUUCACUGGAUACCCUCGUUCUGGCCAACAAUCACGUGAAUGCUAUUGAGGAGCCUGACGACUCCUUGGCCAGGUUGUUUCCUAACCUGCGAUCCAUCAGUCUCCACAAGUCAGGUUUGCAAUCCUGGGAGGACAUUGACAAAUUAAAUUCAUUCCCCAAGCUUGAAGAAGUGAGGUUGUUAGGAAUUCCUCUUCUGCAGCCAUAUACCACUGAGGAGCGGAGAAAGUUGGUGAUAGCCAGAUUGCCGUCAGUUUCCAAACUUAAUGGCAGUGUAGUCACGGAUGGCGAGCGGGAAGAUUCAGAGAGGUUUUUCAUUCGUUAUUAUGUGGAUGUUCCACAGGAAGACGUGCCAUUCAGGUAUCAUGAACUGAUCACAAAAUAUGGGAAGUUGGAGCCUUUGGCAGAAGUGGACCUACGACCCCAGAGCAGUGCCAAAGUCGAAGUCCACUUUAAUGAUCAGGUGGAAGAAGUGAGCAUUCGGCUGGACCAAACCGUUGCAGAACUAAAGAAACAAUUAAAAACUCUUGUGCAGUUACCGACAAGCAACAUGCUUCUCUACCAUUUUGACCACGAAGCUCCCUUUGGCCCAGAGGAAAUGAAGUACAGCUCUCGGGCACUGCAUUCCUUUGGCAUUAGGGAUGGAGAUAAAAUUUAUGUGGAAUCCAAAACAAAGUAACCUCUACCCGCCUUGUAAGGACACACAGGGACUUCUUGCAGGGCGUUUGUUUCCAGUGUCAUUUUCUUUAGGAGAGGGAGAGGUUGUUUUUGUUUUGUUUUGCUUAGGUUUAUGAGGCGGGGAAGGGGGGGUGUUGUAUAUUUUUCCCCUGGAAUGGGAAGGGGACAUGUUUGGUAUUUUCUACCACAGAUUUUUUUUUCUGCUCAGCCAGCAGAACUGACCACAUCUCAAGUCCUUGUGCCCUCCCCCAUGGAAGAUGACUAAGAAAUCACCGACUCCCCUGGGUUUUGUCUAUGGCUUGGUUAUCAUUACCGUGUAGGUCUACCUAUGACGGGAGCAUCGACAGUAUAGCCCCUUAGAAGGGUUUCUGAUAGGAUUUAAAUCAGGAAACAAGGAGUCUUUAUAGGAAAGACCAACACUUCCCUCUCCCAGUCCCCCUUUUUUCCUCCCUCUCCUCCUUUUCCUGUUUUUUUGUUUUUGGUGUUUGUUUGUGUGGGUUUUUGGUUUCUCUGGUUUUGUUUUUUUGGUUCCGCUUUUCAUGUAUCAGCACAUUUACUGCAUAGUUAAAUUCUGUCCAUAGUUAACAUAUGUUUCAACAUGGGCAUUUUUUUUUCUUGCUGUUUCCCAUCAGAAAGAAUUUAAAGUAUUUUAGACAACCUGAUUCUGAUCUCAGGUACUCAGUUAGGAUGUAUACUCUCUUAGGACCUUGAGGAAGAGUAGAUAAGCUCCAAGCGUCAGGAACACGUGCUGUGCUCCUGGCAGCAGGGCGACGCAGUCUGCCCUCUCUGUCAGGAUCUCAGUUCUGAUGUUCCUCACACAUUAUAUCAACUUGAGUGACAUGAACUACGAACACAAAUUAUGUCCAGUUCAAGAAUUCUUAAAUUUGCUUAUUGAAUGUAUUUCUCCAUUUUCCUGUCUGUUCCACUACUUUAAACUACAGGGAAAAGAGACCUGAAUUUAUGAAGAGCCCAACAGAGUAAAGAAAUGUGGACCAGGAGAGCUGAGAACCCAGCUCAUAAGCACGCAGCCUUGCUGCGGUUUCCUCCCUCCGCCUUGGUGCGCGGCAGCACAGUGAUGGGAGCACGGGGGAGAGUGCUGGGACUUUCCUGCCGGUGUCAUUGUUGGAAGCCCUUGCUCUUGCACUUUGUAUUAAAAGUGGCCGAUUUUAACCUAAAAGAACUUCGAUUUCCAGUUCUUCCCUGGGGUUCUGUGAUGUCCUCACCGCCAUGUCUUUCUGUUUUACAUUUCACUUGAAUCAUCCUCAUGGAAGAAUAAGUUUGCCUGUUUAAGUAUCCAUACUUUAGAAUUGCCCUCCCCUCCCCAGGCUUUUUGUUUUUUUGUGUGUGUUUUUUUUAGCAAAAGUAUAUUUAAAGCACUAUUCUUUAAACGCUACUUCCUUGCCUGCUCUGAAAUCUAUUUUAUUUGUUCUUCUAGAGGUGUCUCUCUUGGUCCCCGUGUGAAAGAUGGGAAGCUUGAGAAAGACUUAGUGUCUCCAGGGCAGACGGCGUGCACAUGAAGUAUUCUUCAAAGAAUGUAAUCGCUGUCAGAGUGCAUUUGACCUUGUGUCUUUUGUUAGGUGAUUCAACCCCCCGCGUGCACGUGUGCGCGCGCGCAAACACACACAUACACACACACACACACACACACACACACACACUCUUUAAUUUCUUACAAAAAUUUUAGAUUGACUCUUAGAAGUUCUCAUGAACUGGGAGUUUUGUUUAUUACUGCUCCUUUUAAAAUUUUCCUAAGCUAUAGCAGCAGAUGUUUAUUCUCUUAAUGCACUUCAGGUUCAGUAUCCAUAAAGCUUUUGACUCAGGCUACGGAGUCAAAUCUACAUUCACUGUAACAUUCAAGGUGGAAACCAAAGGGUUGGAGAAAGAUGAAUGAGGCCUGUUCUCCUCCUGCUGCACAUUUUAUCUUGAAGAAUCAUAAAAAUGAGCAGUGGAGAUCUAGGCUGGGUAGAGACAAGAAUAAUGACUUUGCAAUCACAUUCUCCUGACAAGAGUUUUGGAAGUGGUGGUGGCGGGGGAUGGGGGGGUAUGUGGCAACAGUGUCAUGAAGAUUAAAACUGCAGGUGCUUUGUGUAUGUGCGCAUGAAUGCAAAUGAGUUUGGGAGAGCAGCCGUGUAAUGGAGCCCAGGGCUUUGUCAGUGUUUAAGACUGUGACUCCUGACUGUCCCGCAGCGGAAGGCAGAGGGAACACUUAUGUUAGACUUUAAUCCUAAGUGGAAUGGUCAUAGUUAACAAGAUAUUUUAUAUAUGAUAAAAGUUUUAUGAAACGCCUUUUUUUUUUUUACUAGGAGAGACCUGUUCCUCCUGUUAUCACAGAGCACGAUGUCCAUCAGCUGCAGGUGUCAUUCUUCUCUCACUGCUGCAUGUCAGCGGAACUUCUCAAUUCAGUGGAUGUGGGGAUUUUUUUAGAGCGUUGUAAUUGAUGGUUUUAAUAACUGCUAAAUAAUUCCUGACGAAGGUAAAAUCGAAUAUAGUUACUGGGUUUUCAGAGUCACAGAACAGAGGUCAAGGAGAGAACUAUUUGGAUGCACACACUCAGAACUGAGUAAAGUUGCUGAUUUCGAAAUAAAUUUGGUGCUGUAUAGACACUUAUAACCAAAAGUAUUUUUAGCACAGGACUAAACAGGGAGAGACGAGGGCAUCCCCCCCACCCCCCAGUCUCUGUGUUCUGCAUAAUUGCUUCCUGCAGCUCAUGUGCAUUUUAAUGUUGACUUGGUCCAGACUCAGCAGGGAGACGUCGUUGAUGCUUCGGAAGCAGAAUAUUACAGAUAUGUUGCUACAGACAUAGUGCUUAGAGCAUAUCCCUUCUAAAAUAGAAAUUCUGUUCAAUUAUAAAAGAGGAGAGGAGUAAUAACAGAAGACCAAAUCAAAGCCAAGAGAUCAUUCUACCUGUGGGUAUGUAGCUGCUGAAACUACAUGCAGACCGAUAUUUGCAUCGGGAUCCCCGAAAUGUCCCACAGGACUCUAAAGGACAAGUGUUCUGGUCCUAUGUCUCUCUCUCUCUCUCUCUCUCUCUUUCAUUAAAAGCUUCCAAAGUUUCUGCAGCCUAGUGCUACCCUUGCCACAGAUACAUAAGAAAGUAGCAAAUAGUGCAUAAUUCCUUGUUUGUUUGUUUAAAAGCCUCUUAGUGAAAAAAUGAGCCCAUAACACAAGCUGUGUAUAACAGAGCCGAUUGUUACGACUGUGCUAUGAUUUUAAAACUUUAUUUACUUAAGGAGAAAUGCAAGUUGAGCUGCAGACGAUGUUUCAGCUGUGUCACCAAACCUGCAGUGUUAUAAGCAGAGGGUACUUGUUGCACAAGGAGCUGGUGGGUCCCUGUGAGGCAGCUGGUGACGGCUUUUGCUGAUGCUCGUGUGUGUGUGUGUGUGUGUGUGUGUGUGUGUGUGUGUGUGUGUGUGUGUGUGUGUGUGUGCGCGUGUCCAACAGGAACGCAGAACACUGGAUUGUUCUAAGCAGUGUCAUCCAUGCUCAUGAAUUUACUUUUCCCUUUGUUUCAUGUUAGAUGGAAAAUGCAAACAAACUGUUUUCAAGAACACCCAGAAGCUAUCUGUGUUAGACGAUGUAUUUUCCCUAGGUGCUUCCUUCAAAUACAUGUCCACUGUAGUGAUGGAGAGGGACUGGACUCUCUCAGGCUCUUACUUGCCAGUUGUCUCCUGCAGUUAAUGGAAAUAUAUAUUUUAUUUUAGACUAUAAUUUAAACAUGAAGGUCUAUUCUUUGCACUUUUUAUUAAUAUAUAGAGAGAUGAUCUUUUAAAAAAUUAAAAAUCCAAGUCCACUUUG